AUGUGGAAAGAAGAAGAAGAAGAAGAAGAAGAAGAAGAAGAAGAAGAAGAAGAAGAAGAAGAAGAAGAAGAAGAAGCAGUAAAGGGCGGCGUAAAUGUGCCCAGCAUCGUAGAUUUCACUGACGAGGAAGGAAAUAAGGCAGGAAAUAAGACGCCAAGAGAACCUGCGACACAAAUUGUAAGAGAUGAUCAAGUUGCAGGAACCUUGGAAGAUCUUGGGACAGAAAAAUGGAACAGAGGAAAUAAUCAAAAGAAACGUAAAACGAGGGAAUUGUCAUCGGGAGACACUGAAUGGUCUGACGAGCCUCUUCUAUACGAAGAAGAAGAAGAAGAAGAAGAAGGAGAAGAAGAAGAGGAAGAAAAAUAA